AAGGAAAAGAGGAGGUGUAGUAAUGGCAGGAACAGCAGUACCCGCAGUCGUAGUAGUAGUUGUCGUCAGUCUCCGACUCCCGGCGAGCUGAGCGCUUGUGCUUGUCGACGUGACGUCACUCCAAGCAUGGCGGUCAAGGUGCAGUCCACUAAACGAGCCGACCCCAAUGACCUGAAGGAAAUAUUCUUGAAGCAUGCAAGUGUGGUGGACAAGGAUGGAGAGCAUUACAUGUCUCCUCGAGAUUUUGUGCAAACUUUUCUGGGACUCCACACUCAACCCAACCACAAUCCCCAAACUGUACAACUCCUUGCUGGAGUCGCAGACACCACUAAGGAUGGACUGAUCUCUUUCCAGGAGUUUCUGGCCUUUGAAUCGGUGCUUUGUUUGCCAGAUGCCCUCUUCGUAGUUGCCUUUCAGUUAUUUGACAAGACCGGGACUGGGGACAUAUCUUUUGAAAAUGUUCGGGAUAUCUUCAGUCAGACAACAGUGCACCAUCACAUCCCCUUCAACUGGAACUGUGAAUUUAUCCACCUGCACUUUGGCCAGGACCUCAAGAAGCGCCUCAGCUACUUAGAGUUCACCCAGUUCCUGCAGGAGCUGCAGUUGGAGCAUGCCCGGCAGGCCUUUUCUCAGAAAGACAAGGGGAAGAGUGGGUUGAUCUCAGCUAUAGACUUCAGUGACAUCAUGGUCACCAUCCGCCAUCAUGUGCUCACGGCAUUUGUGGAGGAGAACCUCGUCUCAGUCGUGGGAGGAGGCACCUCACACAUGGUCAGCUUCUCUUACUUCACUGCCUUCAACUCUCUUCUCAACAAUAUGGAGCUCAUUCGAAAGAUUUACAGCACAAUGGCCGGCACACGCAAGGACAAGCUCGUCACCAAAGAGGAAUUUGUUAAUGCUGCCAAUAAGUUUGGUCAGAUCACUCCAAUGGAAGUAGACAUCCUGUACCAGCUCUCUGGCCUCCACAAUCAUUCAGGGAGACUGAAUCUGGCUGAUAUAGAGAGAAUAGCUCCUCUGGAAGAAGGGGCUCUGCCGUAUCACCUAGCCGAAGUGCAGAGACAGCACACAGACAACUUUCGACCAGUCUGGCUCCAGGCUGCUGAGUCUGCGUACCGCUUCACUUUGGGCUCCAUCGCAGGAGCCACGGGUGCCACAGCCGUUUAUCCAAUAGACCUGGUGAAGACACGCAUGCAGAACCAGAGAUCCACUGGCUCCUUAGUGGGAGAGCUCAUGUACAAGAACAGCUUCGACUGCGCUAAGAAAGUGCUACGAUAUGAGGGUUUCUUUGGCUUCUACAGAGGUCUGCUGCCACAGCUGAUCGGAGUGGCUCCUGAGAAGGCCAUCAAACUCACUAUGAAUGACUUUGUGAGGGAUAAAUUCACUGGUAAAGAUGACACCAUUCCUCUGGCUGCGGAAGUGCUGGCAGGAGGCUGUGCUGGAGCCUCUCAGGUGAUCUUCACAAAUCCUCUGGAGAUAGUGAAGAUCCGUCUGCAGGUGGCUGGUGAGAUCACCACCGGGCCACGAGUCAGCGCUCUCACAGUCAUGCGAGACCUUGGAUUCUUUGGACUCUACAAGGGAGCGAAGGCCUGCUUCCUGAGAGACAUUCCUUUCUCUGCCAUCUACUUCCCUGUGUACGCUCAUGCCAAGACAGAGGUUACUGAUGAGGAGGGCAGACUGGGGGCAAUGCAGCUGCUCUUCGCUGGAGCUAUCGCAGGUGUCCCUGCUGCCUCUCUGGUGACCCCCGCUGAUGUCAUCAAAACGCGUCUGCAGGUGGCAGCCCGUGCAGGCCAGACAACAUACAGUGGUGUGAUCGACUGCUUCAGAAAAAUUCUGAGAGAAGAGGGCUUCAAAGCAUUCUGGAAGGGAGCAGGAGCGCGUGUGUUUAGGUCCUCCCCCCAGUUUGGUGUUACACUGGUCACCUACGAGCUCCUGCAGAGGUGGUUCUACGUCGACUUUGGUGGACACCGUCCUGCAGGAUCAGAGCCAAUCCCCAAGUCUCGGAUCUCUGAGCUACCGCCACUGAGUGCAGACCAUGUUGGCGGUUACCAGCUGGCCGGCGCUACGUUUGCAGGAGUAGAAAACAAGUUUGGUUUGCACCUGCCAAAGUUCAGAUCUUCAGGUGCUGUAACCAUCAGAGCUGCUCCAAAAGAGCAGACACACCAAGCAUCAUAGAGCUCUAUUCAUCUCCAACCAGCUGUAUGAUUGACCAUCAGCUGUCUUUGUGAGGAAAAACCUGUUUCUCUCUCUACUGCCCCUCACUUCAAAGUUAAACUGUGCCAUUUAGAAGCAGGGACACCACUCCUGUGCAUUCAAACAAGGUGUUCUCCUUUCGUUCCCCCCUCCUGCAUGUAUUUAUAAUGUAUUUAUUACUUUUUUGCAUGGUUUGCACAAAUGUUACUGUACAUAUUGUACGUGUGCAAAAAUAUUUUAUGUUUGUGAUAAAUGGUGUUCCCCAAGAGCUCAGUGCAUAAUCUGAGAUCUUAUAUGAUCAAAAUAUAGUAUUGAUGCAUUAGUGAAACUGUUUCAUGUAUUGAAAUUAUAAGCUUCUACACUGCUCAAAAAAAAUAAAGGGAACACUCAAAUUA